AAAUGGGUACGAGAAAAGAAAGAACGAAAUAGAGUCACUACUGAGAAAGAGUGACUCAAACUGAGUUAACCGACUCAACUCGCUCAUUCUCGGUUCCAAAUUCCCCUCUCUCUCUCUCUCCAACAAUCUCUCUGUUAAAUUCCAUAAUCAUAUGAUAUCCUCAACAAAUCUCCUUUUUAUAUCCAACCAAAUUCUGAUUCGAAUAUUUUCUCUCUCUUCAAAAAAAGAAAAAAAAUAAGAAAGAAAGAUGAAUUCUUCGAUUAAAUCCGCCCUAAAAAACCCACAAUCCAGUUUCUUCAAUAUCAGGUCUGCGUUCUUCCAUUCCACCUCUUUUCUCCAACGAGGUCGUCGAAAUCCUUGGACUACUAGAUACAAUAACAUCAAUAAUAACAGAAGGUCAGGUUAUAGAAGGAAUCAUUUUAAGCAAAAUCUAUUGCGGAAUGCGAAUGCAUAUGCUGAGUAUUUAUUUGAGAGCUGGCAAUCAGAUUUUGAUCAAGAUGACCCACGAUCCCAAAAAGGCCCUUCGUGGUUCAGGAAACCUCAUAAUGGAUCAGGAGGGAAUUCAUCUUACACUCAGGGACGUCAAAAGAGAGGAAGAAGAGGAUACAGUUUCUGCGAAGAUGACGAUGAUGAUGUUGAGAGUGUCAUUCGAUCAGUAUUUGGUGAUCGGUUUUUCUUCUGGUCAUUUGUUGAUGAAGACUACCCUAAUUGGAGAAAUUCUUCUCGGCAUUCUAAUAGCUAUAAGAAUUCUUGGAAAAGUAGACAACAAAAUGAAGAUGAUGAUGAAUAUGAAUACAUAUCAGAAGAUGACACUAAAAAAUCAGAUUUAGCUUCGGAGAGGGUAGCUCUUGGAUUGAGUGCUUCUGGUCCCUUAAAACUUGAAGAUGUGAAAUAUGCGUACCGAGCUUGUGCUUUAAAAUGGCACCCGGACCGUCACCUGGGUUCUUCCAAGGCUGCUGCUGAGGAGAAGUUCAAGCAUUGUACUGCAGCGUAUCAAUCUUUGUGUGAUAGAUUGGCUAUGAAUUGAGAUUUCAAUGCCCUUCUGUUAAAUCAGUCACAGCUCAUUGAGCUUUGCGCCGAUUUCCAGACUUCAAGAGAUUGAACAUACUAGAAAUCGACUGCAACACCGGUCAGUGGCCCGGUGGUAAGUAUUCUCUAGGGCACAGCUUUUGUCGAAGAUCAUAUGCUCCUGGCCUCGCUCAAUCUUAUCCAAAGGGGACCAUAUAGGGCUGGGUCGUGAUCUUGGUACAGGUUUUGGGAGACUGCUACAUUUAUUUGGUGAGUAAGUUACCCACAUGAAGUAUACUUUAAGAAAAUAUUUUCUGUUUGCAAUCAACCUAGGCUAGUAAUAUUUUCCACAUCAAAUCUACCCUUUGGGUAGAGUUGGACUAAGAAAUUUCCAGAUUUUCUUUUAUAAUAGGAAUUUUUCAGAUUUCUUUUCUCCAUAACACUUAUGCACAUUUACUUCCUUAACUAGUUUCUGACCCCAGGCGCGGCCUAAGGCUGUUGUAUGGAAAACGAUACAUGGCCUUACGGGUAAAUUUAAUUGUAACAUUUAUUUCUGGGUGGUUACAAUUGGUGUGGAGAAAGAAAUCAUAAUAAUCCAUCGGAUCAAUGCUCAUGUUUGUUAUGAAACUUGAGGUCAGAGUUCCAAAUAUGUAAUAAACGUCUAAAAUCUUUUUUACAAGAAGUAUGGAAUAACAAUCGUAAUUUCCAUUAAAUGAAUGGCUUGAUUCAUUUGACAACGCGGUAUUAUAUUUUUGUAUAUAUAUAUUGUUCUCUAUAUAAACUCCAUGAAGUUGUCCA